AUGUCGACCACCAUCAAUGGCUAUGCCGACGAGAAGGCCUUGGAGCCGCUUCCACUGCCAGCCACCACCCCAGUCAAGAGGAGACAGGAACACCUUAGCCCGUUCGUACGAAGACUGAAGAUCUUCCUCGCUUUCCUCGCUGCAUUUGUCUUAUUCGACGUGUUCACUCAUGGCCCUGCAACCACUGGGGUCUCGAGAGGAUGUCAUCGCAUCAAAAACCAUCUGGGUGAUUUUGAACAGGACGGAGGACAUCAACACCCUUUCCCACCGAUCGAUAGCUGGAAACCCUACAAGGGAACAACCCAUUUCGAACUCGACCCUGCUGAUGCAGCUGGUCUCACCGUCAAAGGAUCCCAGGCAUUUGGCAAGGUCGUUUUUGAGACGUCCAAGCUCUCAGACAAAGUUGUCAUCGACCUUGAUAUUAAGACCAACAAGCGCGACAAGCAUGGAGCUGUCAGUGUCAAGGAAGAGGAUGGCUAUCUGACCGUUGACACUCCCAUCCGUGGCAAACUCGAGAUCUACGCCUCGGCCAAGAUUCUAAUCCCGUCUAAUAUCAUCGGCACCUUCGGCAUCCCUGCUUUCGAAGUGAACGCACCACGCCACAUGGUUGACUACAGUGAUCUUCCCGAGUCACUCGAGAUUGGAGAGUUCUCUGUUCGAGUCGCAAAAGGCUUCGUUAAGCCAGGUCCGGUGCACACCAACACAACCACACUCAGCAUCGCCGAAGGGGCCCUCCGUGGAUCUUUGACGCAGGCAAGGUAUUCCACCGACAUCAACGUCGCAAAGGGCAACGUCACCAUCGACAUCCCAAGCAUCAGCUCAGGCGCUGAGGGCACUUCCAAAGUCCAUCUUGGGGAUGGCUACCUCAAGGGCAGCUUCGCUGUCUACAACUCCACCAAUAUCGACGUGGCCAAGGGCUCCAUCUACAUCAGCGUCGAUUUCAAAGACGCCGAACCUCGAGCCGAGCUCACCACCCGCAUCGCAAAGGGCAACGCCCGCGUUUACGUCAAUUCCAUCGCCGCCGAGCGCCUCCUCAAGGCCUCCCACACCUCUAUCGCAGGCGACCAGCUCAUCACCUACCCAUCGAACUUCCAGGGCACAGUCGAUGCGCGUGGCAUCGUCGGUGACAUUACGCUUGAGGGUAAGGACCUCUCAGUCGAGAAAGUCCUUGGAGGUAUGGUCGGCAGAAAGGGAGACAGCGAGCGGAACUCGGUCGAUGUCAAGGCUGUCAAGGGUGCCCUUGAUAUUCUCGUCGGUGACGAGUAA